AUGGGGAAUGUGACUUUAGGUGGAUUUUGUUCUUCGAAAGAGCAGUGUACUGGCAGUUUACAUGCAGAUGUGUGCAAGAAUAAAAGGUGUAUCUGCAAGAGCGGCUAUAUAUCAUAUAACCUAACAUGUUAUCGAGGCAACCUUAAAAUUAACGAGACCUGUGAGCGAAAUGAACAGUGUACUGCUGCAUCAAACUCAGAAUGUCAAAAUGGGACAUGUAUGUGUCGAGAUGGGCACAUACCUGUUAAUGAGACUGAUUGUAAACAAGUGGAAAGGAAUAAAAAUACAGAGAAAAAAACUGUUCAUCAAGUACAAGCAAAUGGUUUCGGAGCUACAACAGGAGGUGUUUUCGGGGGCUUCUUUCUGGGAGUACUUUUUAGUGUCCUUGUUGCAUACUUAAUAUCCAAAAGAUAUAUGGCCAACAUGAAAAAACGUGACGAGAACAAUGUAAAAUUUGACAGACACAGUGCAAACCUCGCACCAACAACGGAAGACAACCGGAGUCAAACAGCCAAAAACACGGAACAGAAUUUACAGCGAAAGGUCGUUAAUGUUCCACCUUACGCUCCGUCAAUGGAAUCGCCUACAUAUAGUAACGUUCUAAAGGCUAAAACAUCACAGAUGAAAAAAGAUGAUGUGUACAGUCAUCUCCAUGAAAAAGAGAAUCAGGAAACGGAGAACGUAUACAACCACGCUUCCGGUUCAUCUGGUAAGACAAUGGAAGAUGAUUACAGCCAUCUCAAUGCAGGAAGAGGGAAUGACAGAGUUGUCUUACCUGAAGACGAUGAAUACGCUCACACGGAAGCAGUGAAUAAUGACAACUAUUUCAUACUUGAAAAUCAGAGUGAUAUCAAUUGAAAUUUUGCAUAUUUUAAAUUCAUUAAUCAUGUAUUUUUUUUUCCUUGUGUAAAUAUAAGAAAAUAUGAAGAGCUUUCUUUUUUACACAUGAACUAAAAUAUCCAAUUGU